AUGACUGAAUCUGUACCUGGCCCGUUUUUCACAACAGCAACGCCGACAGAUCACAUACAAGAUGAACAAUCUCCAUACACCGGAUAUUUCGAGAGUUUGUCAGAGAACGACAUUCACUUAUUUUUCGAAAUCGAAGCUACCUCUGAAUGGAUUAGGAACAGUAAUCAUCAACGGAUUGCUCUCCAAUUCCCCGAUUCGCUUUUACCGUAUUCCAAAAGAGUCACAAAAUUAAUUGAGAGUAAAAUAGGCGACGAUGAGAAUCCUGAGAUUGUUAAGAAGACCUUUGUUCUCGCAGACACAACUUAUCGGAGUUGCUGUGUAGAUGAAGUGGCAGCUGCUCAUGCGAAUUGUACAGCUCUAGUUCAUUUUGGAGAAGCUUGUCACAGUGCUCCAACAGAUAAAAUUGAUGUUAAAUUCGUUCUCGGAAAUUUGCCAACAUUCAUCGAUGAGUUCAGAGUGAAAUUGAAAGAAAUCGUCAAUGAAUUAUCCACUGACCACAUCGUUCUUCUAAUGGACUCCUGUUUCGCCCAUGAACAAGAAAAAGUUGUUGCAGUAAUCGAAGAAAUCGUUCCACCCACUAAAAAAGUGUCAUGUGCAUCGCUUCCCAGCGAGGAAAAUCUGAAAGAACAUCGAAAAAAUGUGUAUCUGGGACGUGAAAUUUCUGCGGCUCUUCGUGAUAAUCUACCUGCGGACCUUAUCUUCUGUGGCUUCCCGAACUCUCCAUUGCUGCCCAUUUGGCUUCUAUCAUAUCCCAGUUGCAUGACGGUCACCCAUUACAAUCCGAUGGAUAAAUCGAUUCAGCAUGAAAAUACCCGUUCGUCUCGUCUUCUUCGAAAACGACUUUUUCUGGUUGAGAAGCUGAAGGAUGCGGACACAGUCGGACUGGUCGUCGGUAGUGUUGGCGUCGAUAAGCAUCGCGAAGCGGUGAAACGAAUGCGAGAGCUAUGCAAGGCAGCCGGCAAGAAAAUCUAUGUAAUCUCCGUAGGAAAGAUCAAUGUCCCGAAACUGUCCAAUUUCUCAACUGAUAUCGAUGUCUUUGUUCUUCUUUCCUGUCCAUUUGGAGUUGUUUUGGAUUCUUCCGACUACUUUAGACCCGUCGUUUCUUUCUUUGAAGCAGAGAUCGCUCUGAAUCCUUCGAAGACGUGGGCAGCAGAUUUUGGAUGGUCGGCCGAGUUCGCCGCGUUCCUUGAAGAUAAAAUCGAAACGGAAGUUCCUGAAGUCGACGUUGGAGAUUUCAGUUUGAUUUCUGGAAAAGUUCGUGUUGUGACAAAAGAAGACGAAAAAGAAGGAGAUGGUCCUCGUUCGAUUGCCAUUUACAAUCCUGGUUACUGUAACGAUCGAACCUGGAAAGGACUGGAUGACGGCAUCACUGCAUCUGAAGAUUCGACAACAGUGACCGAGGGAAGGAGUGGAAUUGCUCAAGGAUAUUCCGGAAAAUAG